AUGAAAUCGACGGUGGACAAAAUCCUUAAGGAUGUUCAGCUCCUUUCGAAGAGGAUGCGCACUCGAGAGCAGACAGCAGAUGAACUUCUCAACAAGGCCACCGAGCUCAAUCUCCAGCUUGAAGCUAUGCGACAGGCAAUAGCUUGUUGCCCCACACCGAUCCUCAUUGGUUGUUUCAUUGUUCUGGAACGGACACGCUUGGCUUUUUGUAUUGCUUUCAACGCCCAGGUUGAAUUGUCCUGUUAA